AUGUAUGCUUUCGGGAGGACUCCGGCUUUGGGGUUACUGAUCUUCAUUUCUAUUCUGGUGCCUGUUAGCACUCCAGUGUCUGUACAGAUGGGUACAAAGGCUCUGCUGUGUUGCCCUGCUAUUCCACUGAUGAAAGCAUUAUUAAUAACAUGGGAAAUAGCCCCAAGAGACCAACCUCCUUGCAGAAUAUCCUACAGAGCAGAAACUAGGGAGACCAAUAAAACCAACUGUACAGACAGGAGAAUCACCUGGGCCUCCACACCUGACCAGAGUCCUGACCUUCAGAUCAAUGCAGUGGCCCUCGAUCAUGAUGGCAAUUACUCAUGUGUUAUGACAACAUCUAGUGGAAAUUUCCUAGACAGACAUGACCUCCAAGUUCUAGUCCCUCCUGCAGUAGCCCUGUCUCCAGGGAAAAAUAGAACUGCAGUUUGUGAGGCGACUGCAGGCAAGCCGGCUGCUCAGAUCUUCUGGACUCCACAUGGGUACUGCAAAACAAAGAAUGAACCUCACAGCAAUGGCACCAUGUCUGUCAGGAGCACAUGCUACUGGGAGCAGAACAAUGUGUCCAGUGUGUUCUGCUUUGUCUCCCAUUUGACUGGCAACCAAACUCUGUCCAUACAAUUGAAUCAAGGUGUCACCAGCAUGUCACUGCAUUCCUUGCUGACCAUUGUCUAUGCGAAACUUUCCCUUUGGGGAAUCAUUUUGCUCAUCGUGGGAUUUGCUUUCUUCCAGAAGAAAAAAUUACUUCAGCAUCUGGCUGUUUUAAACAAUGGAGCCCACAGCUCUGACAACAGGUCUGCCUUGCUGCAGAUCUAA